AUGAAGAUUCUGGCUGUUUCCGCACUCGUUUGCGCCUUGAUGGCUCUCACCAGAGCUGCCGCUCUUCCAGAGGCAGAGGCGAAGGACCAAAUAGUUAAGAGUCACCUGGUCAAAAGGUCCAAAUCUUGUCCUGCUGGUUGGACUGAGUUCAACGGUCACUGUUUCCAUUACGAUCCACGAAACAUGAAUUGGGCGAAAGCUGAGAGAAGCUGCCAGUCCAUGAAUGCGAACCUCGCAUCCGUACAUAACAUACACGACUACCAUGAGAUUCAGAAGCUGAUAUUGAGAGUCAGUUAUGAGUUCACGCCAGCUUGGAUUGGAGGUUCUGAUGCACAAGUGGAGGGUGUUUGGCUGUGGAGCGACGGUUCACAUUUCACUUAUCAGAACUGGUGCUCUGGACAGCCUGACAAUGAUUUUGGGCAGCACUGUUUGCUGAUAAACUAUGGAGAAAAAAAGUGCUGGGAUGAUGAUAGGUGUAACAGUCCACGUCCGUUCGUCUGUGCCAAGAAAAUCUGA